AUGACUAAACUCACAAACUCUAAACCACGAUUGCCAUUGAAUUUAGAGCCUGUCGUGUCCACUCCCUUCACGCGUUGUCUGCUGCAGAUGAUAUUCCUUAUAAGGAAAGUGUGUGCUUUUACUUUUAUGGUUUCGGAAACUAAUGAUGUCAUAGGUUUGCAUGCAUCAGGGGGCAGCCAGGUGAGCAUUGCUGAUGAACGGCGAAAAGGCGACCAGUUCCCCCUGCGUGCGCGUUCCCGUCUUGUUCCUGCACAGAAAACCGGAAGUGACGAACCGGAAGUCAGUACGGCGCGCAGAACACAGAGGAGAAGCCAGGAGGUAAGGUCGUGCCUUACUGAGUCCACGAGCGAGGAGGGAGAAACGCUAGCGAUAAACAACAAGGAGAUUAUGGCACCAAAGAAACUAAUUCUAUUGAAUGAAAAGGAACCUGAAGCACAAAGAACUAACAUGCAAUCCCAUGGGCAAGGUGAUCCGACAUGUUUUGGCAAUGAGCCAGUGCGAGACACACCAAGUGUGCGCGACACACCAAGUGUGCGCGACAGACCAAGUGGACAUCAACAUCAAACAGCAGAUAAUCGAAUUGGGACAACUGAGUGGUGUAGGUGUGGCAAUUGUGUGCCCAUGAAAACUGUGGAGGAAUCCUCUUGUUGCAUGGAAGUAUCAUCUGUGGAAAAGAAAUAUCUACAACAUGGGUGCAUCUGCCAUAGCAGGAAAUUUUACCUGAGGUGUUUACGUAAAUCCCACCUGGAAUACUUGCAAAUAUUUUGGAACAUGCAACGCCCCACAGGUGGAAUAAGCAGCCACAACAGAAAAUUACGACAGACUUCCUAUCGGUCAUUCAUCGCCUGGAUUUAUGGCUUCUUAGGGCCCAAGAAACGUGUGCCUAUUCCAGCCUGUGUCGUUCAAAAAGUCCGCAGCACUUAUCCAGACCCCAAAGGCCGGUACAGAGGAUUUCUACAGGCAUUUGACUAUAAUGCUUUUGAUAUGGCUCUGGACUGAUGACUUUUGUGAUUGUUUAUUUGUCAUUGAUGUUUGAAUUUGUAUUAUUUAUUAUUC